CCUCAAAGAAUCUCCAUCAGGACGACGACCCUAGCCAGCACACCCCACACACACGCCAACACGUCUCUCUCCGCCUCCGAAUCUAGUCGCCCUAAUACCUCGGCUCCAUUACGAGCCUCGCAAGCACACAGCCCUCUCCUCCCUGAAACGACGACGCGAUGGACUACGACCCAGAUGGCGGCGCAAUCAACGUCCGCUUCCUCCAGGCCGACAGCCAGCGCGCCAACUUCAUCGUCCAGAACUUCAAUCUUGAAACCGCAAACUCACUCCGUCGUGUAAUGCUCGCCGAGAUUCCCACCUUAGCCAUCGAUGUCGUAGAAGUGUUCGACAACACAUCCGUCCUCGCCGACGAGUUCGUCUGCCAUCGCCUCGGCCUCAUCCCCCUGUGCUCCAAAGGCGUAGAAGACCUGCUGUACUCGCGCGACUGCGACUGCGAAGGCUACUGCGACAACUGCGCCGUCGUUCUCACCCUCAACGCGAAAUGCACAGGCAGCGAAAUCAUGAAGGUGUACGCACGGGAUCUGGUGAUUGAGUCUCGGGCACCAAACGACGAGGUGGGGAAGCCGGUUAUUACCGAUUCAGAAGAGACGGGUAGUUGCAUUGUCAAGUUGAGGAGAGGCCAGGCGAUCAACAUGAAGUGCAUCGCGAAGAAGGGUAUCGCAAAGGAACACGCGAAAUGGGCGCCUAGUGCAGCCAUCGGUUUCGAGUACGAUCCGGCGAACAAGCUGCAUCACUUGGACUACUGGCACGAGGAGGAUGCGGACAAAGAGUGGCCCAAAGACGAAGCUCGUAUAAAUCUCGACGGCGGGCCUCCCAACCCCGACGAACCCUUUAACUUCGACGCUGCCCCAACACGUUUCUUCUACGACGUCGAAACUGUCGGCGGUCUCGAACCCGAUGAAAUCGUCACCCAAGGCAUCGCCAUUCUACAACGCAAACUCGCCGAGAUCAUCAAAGAAUUGUCUGGCGGUGUCGGAGGCCCGGAGGACUUUGGCGGUGCACAGAGCCCAACACUUAACGGUGCUGGGUACGGUGAUGCGGGUGGAUAUACACCUGUCGGAGGAGGCGGAUACGGAGGAGCAAGCUCGUGGGGCGGUGCAGCACAAGGAGGAACCACACCAUAUGGAGCUACGCCUUACGGGCAGUCCAAUUGGUAGACAAAGAGUGAAGCGUUUGGAUGUACAACAUUGCAUGGACCUGGCGUUCUAAAAGGUGUGGGCGUCAACAGACUGCAAGACUGCUCGACUGCUCAAGAAACGCAGUCCUUUUUGAAAGAUUGGCAUUUGGCACGAAAAUAAAGACACCUUGCGAAUCGCUAUCGAAAAUGAGUUGAUGCAAA